AAGUUUGAUCGAUAGAAAUGAAUUAAAUAACUUUUAAUAAUGUACGUCCCGAGACAAUGUACUCAAAACACCCAAGGUCAUAUAGAUUAUGGAAUUCCACUUAUAGCGAAAACUGCAGAUUAUCGAACUAGCUAUACAAGAGGGCACAGUUUUAUUCCUUCUGUUCCCCAGGAGUUCGAUUGUAGAGUCCACACUAAAAUAAAUCCGGAACUAUUAGCAACUGACAUAUUAAUUAAAAACGAUGUACUUUCUACUAGCAAGCGGGACUUUUCUAUUAAAUUUAAGGAAAAUGACGUGUUGGCCAAUUAUCCAAGAGCUACCGUUAACCAAGAAGUACAGUAUAUCAGAACACUCCAAGAAGCAUUGACAAAAAAUACACCACCAUCUGUUCCACCUAAAAUAUCAGAAAUGAAGGAAAACUAUCAAGGAAUUCCGUAUAGAAUGAAUAUAAGGGAAGUAAUACCUCCAGCAAUCUCAGGAAUUUGCGAAAUAACUGGCAUUGCAAAACCCGUCCAACGCGCGAUACCACCAAACGAAGUUGGAGCUUGGAAAUAUUUGGAUAUUUAUAUGACGAACAACAAAUUACAGUUGAUACCUUACAACGAAGAGCAAAUCGCGCAAGCAAGAUCUGAUUUGCCGACAUUCUACAAUACUUCUGGAGUUUAUAAAAAAUCGGAAAAGAAACUUCCGAUGCCAGCAACUGGAAAUAAGUCAGUUUAUGAUAAAACGGUGUUCAAAUAUCAAUUUCCGAUUAGAAACUUACAUAAAGGACAAAAAAGAGUGCCUCACAGUGGAAUGCAGUCAGAAUACCAAGGCCGAUAUAUCUAUCAAACCUACUCGGAUAUGUAUCCAUACACAGCCGACAGUGGACAAAUUUGCCAUAACCCUAACUCUGAUGCGGGACCAUGGCAAAAUUUGUGUCCUCCCGGAAUGUACACCACUGACUACAGUCAUAUUGGAUCGGGUUGGCCGAUCAGAGCAGUUGUUAAUGCCGGCGAAAAAAGAGAACUUAGAUAUUGUCCACAAAAAUGUUAAUUUAUACACUAUAUUAACUUUAAAAAUCUAAUGUAAUUUGUUACAUAUAUUUAUAUAUCUAAACAUGUAUCAGUUAAAACCAAUAAAAAAAUUACAAUGACU